UAAAUGAUGAAUUUUCUGGCAUGGAAGCCUUUAUCGCCGAUAUAAAUAAUGCUAAAAUAUGGCUAAAUCUGAUGGGACAAGGUGCUAUGGAGAAUAAAAUAAAUAUACUUUACAGUAUGUCUAAUUCUAGACAUGCCAUGCAGACAUUAGAAAUACCUGUUGUAACCCAGGCUCGUGCUAGUGAUGAUUACAAGCCUGGUAACAGCCAAUGGAAAAUUGGUAUAUCGUCCAUGUUUGCCCAUGCAAUGGGCGUGGCACCGUUCAAAGAUACGUUCUGGACAACGUCAACCCAGCCAGGCAAUCCGUACAAUAAAUCCGAACCCAAUACCAGACUGCAAGGUUUCGUAGCUACACUAAGUACAGGACCAGUUGGACCAAGUGAUAAAAUUGGUCUACAUAAUGUAUCAUUAAUCAUGAGAUGUUGUAACGAUGAUGGCCUGAUUUUAAAACCUUCCAAACCAGCCAGGGCCAUAGACAGUCAGAUUUACCAGUCUGCGUUUGGUAGUGGUGGUCCUAUAGGAGAGGUGUGGACAACGUAUUCUAAUAUUGGUAUAAUUGAUGAAAGACAUUUUGGUAUUAUUCUAGCAGCAGAAAUAAAAAACACCUUUCAUCUAACACCAUCUCUAGCAGGUUUUGGCAAUAUAACUGGUUAUAAAGUAUUCUAUAUGAAUAAUCCACAACAACUUUUUGAUUUCACAGAGAAUUCACCAAUAACGAUAACUCCCGAAUGCACAAAUGUUGAGUUUUGUGUGUAUUAUAUUUCACCAAUUAUAAAAACAAGUCCAGAGAUUGUCAUUUUGGGUGAACUGUCAAAAUGGGUUCCGGUUUCGCCGCAAAGAGUCCAAGAAAUCAACCAAUCUGACGACAUUAUAAUUACAAUCACUGGAAAACAAAGUGAAUCAGUAACAUUCAGUUUUUCUGUAGACGGUGUUAUCAGGUCUAUUAACUGUGUAUUAGGAAGUAGUGGUACUGCUCAGAUAUACGUCCGGGCAAUGUCUUGUGUAUCAAGUGAAUCUAGUCCUUAGUAAUCUUAGACUUUUCUUGAUAAUUCAAAUAUAAAAAAAAUAAAGUUUUCUAAAGAUAGAUUCAUGUACAAAUGUUUGUCUCCGAAAACCAAGGUUUUCUUUUACGAAG